AUGCACUAUGUUCGCGACUGUCCAUUUUCUGAUCACCUAUGCAAAGUAUGCAACCGCACUGGUAAUAAGGAAAACUACUGCGGCUGUGCAAACAAAUCUUCAAACAAUCCUUCCACUCAAUCCCGAGAGAAGAAGCAAUUCAAAAAGAAAGCCAGUUUCAGACCCGACACCAAAGAAAUUUUCUUGAACCAUAUCGCUAACAGCUCCAGAAAACGAAAAUAUGUGACAAUCACCAUCAACAAUGUCGCUGUCUCGCUACAACUGGACUCUGCAAGCGAUAUCACAGUAAUUUCCGAAUCAAUGUGGCAACAAUUGGGACGGCCGAAGCUGACACCAUCAUCGAUUGAAGCAUCCAACGCAUCCGGUGGACUCCUCGCCCUCAUCGGCGAAUUUCAUUGCGAAGUGACCCUCAACGGCAUGGUCAAGCGUGGCUAUUGUUUCGUGACGUCAUCACCGGAUCUCAACGUGCUCGGAAUAGAUUGGAUCGAUAUGUUCAACCUAUGGUCAGUUCCAUUCGAUACACUUUGCAGUAAGGUCGCAACAGUUACUGGGUCGUGUUCUAAGGAAAUCAUAGCGCAACUUCAAGCUAACCAUCCGGCGGUCUUCGAUAAUUCACUGGGACACUGCACAAAGACAAUGGUUAAACUAUUUCUCAAGCCUAACGCCAAACCCGUUUUUUGUUCGAAGCGCCCAGUUCCGUUCAACACCAUUUCGCUGAUCGAUGAAGAAUUGACACGUCUUCAGUCGCUGGGAAUCAUCACACCGAUCGAUUUCUCCGAGUGGGCUGCUCCGAUAGUCGCAGUGCGCAAGCUGAACGGUAAAGUUCGCAUUUGUGCGGACUAUUCCACUGGCCUCAACGAUGCACUGGAAGCCAAUCACUAUCCUCUUCCAACUCCAGAAGAAAUUUUCGCGCAGCUCAAUGGAAGUGCCGUCUUCAGCAUUAUAGACCUCUCCGAUGCGUAUCUUCAGCUGGAAGUAGAUGAUGAAGCGAAGAAACUUCUCACCAUAAAUACGCACCGGGGUCUCUUCAUAGUCAACUGGCUUGCACCAGGGGUAGAAUCAGCGCCUGGGGCUUUCCAACGGCUUGUUGACACUAUGAUUGCUGAUUUUCCUGGGGUACGUUCGUUUCUCGACGAUGCUAUCAUCUUUGGACCAACCUGGGAGGCACACAAGGCCUCAUUAGACAUGCUUCUUCGACGUUUGGAGGACAAAGGCAUUCGUCCUGAUCCAGAAAAGCUCCAAGUCAUCGCUUCUAUCCCGGCACAAACCAACGUUUCCGUGCUCCGUUCCUUCCUGGGAGCCGUUAACUUCUACGGCCGGUUUGUUCGUAACAUCCAUGAGCUUCGCCAUCCUCUCGACAAACUACUCAAGAAGGAUACGAAGUGGCAGUGGAAUACCGAUUGUCAAAGGUCUUUUGAGCAAUUCAAACAAGUUCUGCAGUCCGAACUGUUGCUGACGCAUUACGAUCCCAAAUUACCAAUCAUCGUAGCGGCGGACGCUUCCAACACGGGCAUCGGUGCAGUGAUCUUCCACGAAUUUCCCAAUGGACACUUGAAGGCAAUUCAGCACGCAUCGAGAUCCCUCACCCAGGCAGAGCAAGCUUAUGGACAGCCCGCGCUAACCUAUGGCGUAACAAAGUUCCACAAGUACUUGUUGGGUCGACGAUUCACUCUUCUCACUGAGCACAAGCCAUUGCUAUCAAUCUUUGGGUCAAAGAAGGGUAUUCCAUUACAUACCGCGAAUCGACUCCAGCGGUGGGCGUUGAUGCUACUCAACUACGACUUCGACAUCCGUCACGUUUCACCAACGACUUCGGUUGCGCCGAUAUGCUGUCUAGACUGA